UUACUGCAGUGCUACAAAGUCAAACUGUUUUUUUUUUUAUUAUUAUUAUUGUAGACUCUGAAUAGAAGGUAGCUGUCAUUUUAACAGAGUUAAUUAUACCGGAUCAGCAGUUUAAAAAUUGUAAUUUUUAAUUGUAAGAAAGACAUAAUAAUUAGAAAACGUGCUAAUCUAAAAGAAAGACGAUUGACGUAUGAGAAAAGUCGUUCUCACAAAGAGAUCAAGAGGUCCUAUUUGAACACCUACACAAGAUCCAGACAUGAGCCACUUUUGUUCUGUAAAUAACAACUUCCCAUGUGAUAAUAAUGGGAUGGUUUUGGAUAUGAUUUUAAGUUCCCUUUGGGGCGUACCUCAGCCCAUAAACUGGGAGAACGUUGCAAGACUUGUGCCAGGCUUCACACCCAAAGAGUGUGCAAGGAGAUUUGAAGAACUGAAAAACAAUGGCACAUUGCCCUAUAUUGAUAACCAGUGCAAUCCUCUAAUGGCCAGUGGUGGGUCCCCCACAGAAACAUUGUCUGCAUACAUUAAAUCCACACUGAUGGACUCAUAUGGAGAACUUGGGGAAACUCGAAGCAGUCAGAACACUAUCUCAGUAACAGGUCUGCCUGGAGCACCUUUAGGGAGAAAUGUAUCUGUAAAGAAUGAAAACAAUUGCACUGAUCAGGAAGGAGAGAAAACUGAAGUAAAUCAAGGGCCAAACAUGGUGAUUCAUGUUUGUGAUGAAGCCAAAAGCUUAAAGCAAGAUUUUGUUUGCCCACGUGACCUCCUCAUCAACGAGAUGAAGUACUUUGCUGAGUACCUGUCAGUGGAUGCGCAGCGCUGGGAGGAGGUAGACAUCUCAGUGCACUGCGAUGUCCAAAUCUUCGAUUGGCUCAUGAGCUACGUGAAGAGGAAUGGAACAACCACUGAAAACAAUGGCCAGCCCAAACUAGAACCGUCUAAUGUGAUUUCAAUCCUAAUAUCUUCAGAAUUUCUGAAGAUGGAUUCAUUAGUUGAAGAAUGCAUCCAGUUCUGUCAUAAACACAUGAGUGAAAUUGUAGCUACACCUUGCAGCAUGAACUGCAUCAAUUCUAACUUAGCUACACGGAUCUCAGACCUGUUCACUCACAAUGAAGCUGAUGACAUAAAAGACAAAAAGGAUAAAUUGAAAAGCAAAUUGUUCCAUAAAAAGAUUGAGAGACUUUUUGACCCUGAGUUUAAGAAUCCCGAUUCCCCAGGAAAUGCUUCUACCCUUUACAGAUGUAGUGUUUGCAAUAAAUUGCUGACCAAGGAAACUGAGAAAAAGGUCUCCUGUGUUCCAGGGAAAAUCAACAUUGAUAUGCAUGGAAAUAUUAUAUACAACCACAUCAGAGAUAAAAGCUGGGAAGUUCAUGAAUAUUUAAGCUGCUUAUAUGAGGAACUGAAUUCCUGGAGUCUUGUGUACUGGAGGAUUUGGGGAACCAUCAACUACCUGACCUGUUCUCGAUGCAAACAAGUGUUUUUGUGCACUGACUUGUCUCACUGCCGCUAUCACCCUGAGCCAGUGCACUACCCAAGUGUUACCAGUGAGCUGGGCUCCCCUGGUAUUGGGCUUUACCCCUGCUGUAAGCAGAAAGUGCUGCGUUUCGACCCCACUAAGAUUCCUAAAGGAUGUCAAGAGAAAGACCAUGUAGUGAAUAUAUCUGGCAGUGGCGACUGCGGUGGUAAUCAGACUGAUGCACCUCAAACAAGACUUCUGAACGACCUACUAAUGCACAGGGAGGCAGUCUGUGUGCCGUACCCUUCAGAUCCACAAAGUGAUGCAGGCUCAGUAGGUUCAGAAGAAAAAGCCCUUGAUUGUGAUAUAUUGCUGGAGCCCAGUCCGUUGAGGGGACAGAAAACUGGGGAGGUUACAGCUUUUUCAAUGCUGAAAAAUUUGAGCUUGCAGCUGCCGUGUUUGCUGUCAGAAGAUGAAGAUUAUACCACAGGGUCAGAGGUAACGGAAGAUGAGGUCGGAGACGAAGAAGAAACAUCCAAGAAACAAGGUGCUAAAAAAGCCAGGAAAGUUUCCAAGCCGCUAAAGAGACAGAUGUCGUCCCCGAGCUUUCAAAGGAAGGAAAAAACACCAGAAAAGGCACCUACUCGAGAUACAACAGCUUUCACCGUAAGUAUUCCGAAAAGUAAAUGGGACAGCACUCGCUCCAUGCGAUAUAACCAAGAUGCUCAAAGGGAAGAAGAUCAAAGAAGAAUGGUUGAAAUUAUUGGGCAUCUCACCAAGAUAAGAUUUGGAGACAUGGAUCGUAAGUCUAAGGAAACAAAAGAAUAUGCAGGUGGCAUUUACUCAAGACUUGAAUCUCAGUUUAAAUCAACUUUACAAGCAAACACUCGUCAACCCAGCACAGAGAAGAACAUUAGGCCCAAGACCCGUUUUGGCCAGACACGACCAACGUAGAACAUUCCUCAAGCCUGCACAGCAAAACGAAGCCAAGCUGUUGGAAAGAUUACUAUAUAUAAUAUACUUCUAUAACUAUCACACAAUGCUAUCUUGUUCAGUUUUCUUUUCUAUUGGUUGAAACAAAAACAAUUAUCUUCAUAUUAUGUAGAAUAAUUUUACUAUUUACCUGCAUUGUACCUCAUUCUCAGCUGUUACAUAUACAUUCUUACCUCUUGAAAUGCUUCUUUUGGUUUACAUUCUGAUUGUUAGCUGUAUUUAAGUAGUUUUUAGAGCACUGUAACCUAAACAUUAAACAAAUUUGGGAUAUUUAUUAAGUCUGUACUAACAUUAAAGAAAAUUCUAUUCAUAGUGCACUAAUAUGUACAUGAUGUGUAUGCAAUGUAAACAUUUAAUAAAAAUAACAUCCCUAC